AUAGGGUUUGUCCAUUUCUCUCCAGAUGCUGCCUGACCCGCUGAGUUUUAUAAGUUGCGCCGGGUUUCCAACAUCUGGGAUAUGCGAUGUUCUUUCUGAAAUCGGUGUAUGAGAUUGAAUUCGCUCGCGGCUGGUUUCUUGCAACAAAGAAACGAGCAGCGACAACCCACCCCCCAACGCCCGCUCAGUUUAACAUUGCCACAGUACGUGUCCGGCACCCCCAGGGCCGCUCCGAUCGAAGAUGCCAGUGAGGGCUAAUCAUCUCCUCUCAGAUAUUAUGAAUGGGUUAUAUUUAAAAAAAAAUGAAUGGACGCUGGGGUAGAAGGCUGGUUACGCGCUGUUGCUCGCACCUGACGCUAAAGAGGAGUUGCGUGGUGACGUCAGCGACGGCGCCCCGCCCGACGUUAGAAUGCAAGCCGGCUAGAGAGGGGGGAAAAAAAGAAGCGGGCGCGCGAGGUGGCCGGAGCUGCUGCUCGAGAGGAAAAGUGCGAGAGAAUGGAGCGUGCGCUGGGGCGAGGCGGCGGCCGGGGGCGACGCUGAGGGGGAGGAGGUGUCACCGGGGAGUGGGGGACCGAGGGGCCGACUGGAGUUUGGGGGGUGGGUGGGAGGGGAGGGGAACCCCCACUGUCCCGGCUCGGCCUUGCCCUGCCCUCCGCGGGCCACCCCGCACACGGCGCCUCCGCGGGGGGAAUAUGAGCCCCCGCCGGCCCGUCAAUGUGGCUAUCUCGCUCGCUGCACAGGGGAGCGGUUCUCGCUGAGGAAGCGGAGCGGCUGCCCUCCCGGUCGGCCGAGCUGGCCCAGGGCCACUUCUACCCGCGCUGCUACCAGCGCUCCGAGGCCGCCAUGGCCGCACCGUUCUGCGGCCAGGAGCAGCAGCAGCAGCCGCCGCCGUGCCAGGACCAGCAGGGCCUAGGCCCAGCCCGACCCGAAGCGCCGCCGCCGCGACAGGAGUCGCUACCUCCGCCGCAGCAGCAACAGUGCGGCCUCUGCUGCGCCCGGGGCCCCGGGUCGCGCUCCCGUUCUAGCCCGGCUGACGAGCUGCGCCUGCUGCCUUGCCGCCACUCCUUCUGUCAGGCGUGCCUAGAAGCUCACGGCGGCAGGCGGCGGCGGCCCGGGGGCCCUAGCAGCAACAACAACGGCGGGCCGGCCCCUCACCGCGUCCGGCCCGAGGCCGAGCCCUCGCCUCCCGCCGCGUCGUCGUCCUCCUCUUCCUCCUCCUCCUCGGCCAACUCGUGCGGGCCUCCCGACCUGGCCUGCCCCAUCUGCGACAGCCGCAUGCCGGCCGCCGACAACGACGGGCUGCCCGCCGACCUGCUGCUACUCAACAACCUGCUGGACGUGGUGUCGGCGGCCGAGGACGAGCUGGACGGAGGCGUGCAGCGGCGGAGCCGCGCCAAGGGCUCGCAGUCGGGCUGCAGCUCCUGCGACGAAGGCGCGCCGGUGACUUCCCGCUGCAUGGACUGCGCUGAAUACCUGUGCGAUCACUGUGUCCGGGCGCACCAGCGGGUCCGGCUCACCAAGGAGCAUGUCAUCCAGCGCUUCAGGCAGCACCAUUACAACCAGCAGCCGUUCGCCAGCCUGCCGCUCGCACAUGACCGGCUCAGCUACUGCCAGCACCACGACAACCAAGUGAUGCGUCUGUACUGUGAUACCUGCGCUGUGCCGAUUUGUCGAGAAUGCACAAUGAGCCGUCAUGUAGGUCACAGCUUUGUCUACCUCCAGGAUGCCGUACAGGACUCCAAAGAAAUAACCUUACAGUUAUUAGCAGAUGCACAGCAAGGCCGGCAGGCCAUUCAGCUCAGUAUAGAGAAGGUUCGAGCUAUGGUGGAACAAGUGGAGAUGAAAGCUCAAGUUAUUCGAUCAGAAGUCAAAGCGGUAACUUCACGGCACAAGAAGGCUUUAGAGGAACGUGAAUGUGAGCUAUUAAGAAAAGUGGAAAAGAUCCGGCAAAUGAAGGCCAAGACUCUGCACCUCCAAGUAGAAGCACUGCGUGAGAAUUUAUCCAGGCUGGAGAGCACAAUAGACUGUGUGCAGAAGGCCCUAUUAGAUGGGCGAGAUGUGGAUGUACUCUUGGCAAAAGAGCAAAUGUUUGUCCAAAUCCAAGAUCUGAAGAAACUUAGGAAUCUCCUCCAACCUCAGGAUGACGACACCCUUUCAUUCAUUCCACCUGAUGGUGUAUUAUACAAGGCCAUCAAGUCAUUAGGCAUAAUCAGUAGCAGUGCAUAUGCCCCACUAUCUACAGCUACUGGUGAGGGACUGAAACGAGCACUGCGUGGGAAAAUGAGCAGCUUCACCGUGAUCACCAAGGAUCACACUGGCGAAGGGAGAUCAUCUGGUGGUGAUUUGGUAGUAGUUGUUAUAAUGGGACCUGAUGGGUGUCUCUUUCGAGCAGAUGUUCUUGAUCAUCAUGAUGGCACCUAUGCAGUUAAUUACUCCCCACACCUGGAAGGAGAGCAUGUAGUUUCAGUCACAAUUCGUGGGCAACAUAUUGAGAAUAGCCCCUUCCGUGUAAUUGUCAAAGCAGGUCGUAACUACACUGGGAUUGGGCUUCCAAUUUGCUCUUUUGGUGGAGAAGGGGAUGAGGAUGGGCAGCUCUGUCGGCCAUGGGGCGUCUGUGUCAACAAAGAAGGUUAUAUCAUUAUUGCUGAUCGUAGCAAUAAUCGUGUCCAGGUGUUCACACCAAGUGGGACAUAUCACCACAAGUUUGGCACAGCAGGUUCCAGACCUGGACAAUUUGAUCGUCCGGCUGGUGUUGCAUGUGAUCAGAAUUGUCGGAUCAUAGUGGCCGAUAAGGACAACCACCGUAUUCAGGUUUUCACCUUUGAGGGGCAGUUCAUCCUUAAAUUUGGGGAGAAAGGAAGCAAAAAUGGCCAAUUCAACUAUCCUUGGGAUGUUGCCGUCAAUACUGAUGGGAAGAUCCUGGUGUCAGACACCCGCAAUCACAGAGUUCAGCUUUUUGGCCCAGAUGGAAACUUUGUCAGUAAAUAUGGCUUUGAGGGGGCUUUGUGGAAGCACUUUGAUUCUCCUCGUGGAGUGGCCUUUAACCAUGAAGGACACCUAGUGGUAACAGAUUUCAACAAUCACCGGCUGCUGGUAAUCCACCCUGACUUCCAGUCAGCACGCUUCCUUGGUUCCGAAGGCACAAGCAACGGGCAGUUCCUCCGACCUCAGGGUGUAGCAAUUGACCAAGAAGGCCGCAUCAUUGUAGCCGACUCCAGGAAUCAUCGUAUUCAGAUCUUUGAACCAAAUGGCAACUUCCUGUGCAAGUUUGGGACGCAAGGCAGUGGCUUUGGGCAGAUGGACCGUCCAUCUGGAAUAGCCCUAAUGCCAGAUGGACUGAUAGUAGUCGUCGACUUUGGCAACAAUCGUAUCCUCUUGUUUUAAUGCUGUGUUCUUGUUUUUCUAUAUUGUGGAUUUGUUGCUCAGGGACAAUGUCUUAAUUGUUUUCCCUAUAGAAGACAGGUAUUUUUUUCUGUCAUCUACCUCAUGUUGGUAUAGUGUGAGCUUGAGCUGUGAGACUACUUCAAAACUACAUAAAUUUAUAGCAGACCUACCUCACUGCCUGCAGAUGUUGGGCUGACUAAUGUUUGAAUAUUUCCAUGGAACUGUGCAAGUGUGUCCAGGCAAUUGGUGCCUUUAUGAUCUGAAUCCAAAGACUUGUAUCUUAGUAUUAAAAGUUGUCUUGUAGCUUUAUUUAAUGCAAAUCUCUCAGGUAGGAAGACUAUUGGCCACUUGUAUAAGCCUAAAAAUAGCCAAUUGUGGGUGACUGAUAAAGGCUUUGGCUGCCUACCUGCAUACAUGUUGUUUUCAGGGAUUAUUUGAUAUUGAACAUCUUGUAUGUUUAGCCCUAUGCUUUCUGAAUGUAACCCUACACUCCACCUGAAUGUAAACUAAAUACCUCUUUUGUUUUGUUUUAGGGUGUAAUGUUCUUUGGCCUGAUGCACAUAGAAGCUCUUGAGGGGUUCUUCUGAGUGUUUAUUUUGGGGUGUUUCGAAAAACAAAAAUAUUGAGUUAUCAUGUGAUACCCUGAAGCUCAAUCUAUAUUUAUGGCACCUGGAAUAAUGAAAAUAUAUUUACCUCUACUGCAAUCUCAGGUACCUGUAUGAAAUCUAUUUCCUACUCAAUUAGUAGGCUGUAUUUGGUCUUGGAGGCAGUAUUACUUAGUAUUGGAAGAGAAUUGGCUGGUUUUAAAAAUAAAAAGAAUGCUCUGUUUUUGGCUCUUGUAUAGUCCUAGUUGGGAUCCGCAGAAAAAUGGUGCAAAUCUGCUUGGCAUUUUACCAUGUGCUGUGACCAAUACCAUAGACAGAAAUUAGGUAUGGGCCUAAUUUGAAUAUCUAGUAUGUUCUCAAUGGUGGCCUUUCUCAAUGGGAAAAUAUUCAAUCAUCUGAGCAAUUGUACUCAGAUAUAAUAGUGCUUUAUGCAUUAUUUCUAUUGGAUUUUGAGAAGACCUGAUCAGUUCUUUAUUGCAGGGAUUAAGAGAAUGUGGUUGUAUUCUGUCCUUUGGUAGAAAUUAGCUCAGUUCUUUUCAACUUGAAUAUAAUGGUUUUGUUUGCCAUGCACUGAAGCAAUGGUAGAACACGUGAAGAUCCCCAAGGACUGGCAAGAAUUACUGACUGUAACAGUGCUGUACGUGAAUACUCUGGUAGAAUUUUGGUUUCGUAUUGGAGCAAGGAUAGACUCCAUAGAUUUAAUUCCUUCUCUCAAUCACCUAUUUCCUUGUAGCCCAAAGCAGCCAGUUUAUUUAGAAACGAGACAAAAUGUCUCUUUAAAAUUAUUCUACAGUGUUUAUGCAAAUUUCUAUCACAGCCUUGAAUUGGAAUUUGAGCUUUAAAAAAAAUCAGUAUUUAUAGUCUGGGAGCUGCAACAUAUAAACAUGACACUUGCUUAAAAAUUGUUAACAACCAAAGUAGUAUAAUUUUAAUGCAGCCAGUUUCAGUUGACAUUCUGGGAUGCUCCACUACAUCUGCCUUACUAGUCUGGUAAUCAAUGUUACAGGCACAAUUUAUUUCAUGUUUAAAGACAACAGCAAAGCUACAAGGAAUAUAUGUACCAUCCUGGCAAUCGUGGGAUAAGGGUCCAGUAGUUCUUUAAAAAAAAACAGUGAACACUACGGAUUUCCAAAUGUCUCCCUGUUUUAACACAACUGCUUUUGUUUCAAAAUUUGAUUUUUGAACUUCACUGAAGUUCAGCUACUUAUCAAAACAUGGUGUUGCCCCAGAAAGGAUUCGCUUUGAGCUUCAACAACAAUGAAUGCUUUGGCCAACCUCUGGAUGCAGUCUUUCUAAAUUCUAACGCACAAGUUCUGAAAUGCAGAGUAAUUUUAACCCUACUCCAAGCUGACUUAGCUGUUUAGUAGGAAUUGUUUAGAAUGGAGGUGGGUGGAAACGUUGGUCAGCAAACUAUUGGGAAAUCUAUUAUGACAGGGUAAUAUUUAUACAAAUCAAGUUCUAUAGGUUCCAACCAAUUUAUGCAGAAAGGUAAUAAUUUCUAGCUGGUCUUCAAUAGGAUUGGAAAUUACCUUAGAAUAUACAUGAUCCAGAGACAAUUUAAAGUGUGUGUUCUGCAUAAUUGUGAAGUUCCUGAUGGAGUGGUUUAACUUUCAAGAUGAAACUGGCUAAUGUGCUGCUUCAGGUGGACUGUAACAGUUGAUUUGAUAAAUUGUGGUUAGCUGUUGUAGUGUAGAAUGGCUUUUAUUUUACACAAUAGGAAAUUGCUUGAGCAGUGGUUAAUAAUUCACACUAAACUGUUGUGGAACCAGUCAGUUUGAAAUCUUUUAAAGCUCUCCAAUGUUUUGAAAUUUGAAAUAAGCUUUGUCUUUAGAAUUAAAGCUCUACUGAGUCUAGUUCCUGUACUUUGAAUGCUGUGCUCUUAGCUUUGAGUUUUUUUUACAGUUGCAACAUUAUGUGGGCUGCUUUAGAUCUUUUGGGCAUUUUUUUUCCCUUCAGCACAAAUUUAAAGAUGCAAGCACACACCUGGCACCCCCACUUGGGGUGUUAUCAAAGAUAAUGCCACUGCCUUUAAAAACCAAAAUAAAUAACUGUAUAAACCAAGGCGGUUUGUUAAUGUACCGUAUUAUUGAGUUCCUUUGGGAUAGCAGUGAUCCACAUUUUUCAAAGCAAAGUAUCUUCUGAAAGUAAAAUAGGAUGAUCCCAUUCCUAGUGUUCAAGUCUUUUGAUGUGAAGUAGGACUCGGUGAUUUCUGGAGUAAUGGAGUUUUGACUUCUGACCAUAACUGCUUUGCUGUGGCUCCUGGGGACUUCGCUAGUACAAAAUAUGAUGACCUGUCUGAUCAUGUUGCUUCCCAAAGAGAUCAUCAGAAAGGAUUUGGUGGAAUGGCUGUUCAAAGCUGAUUUGUUUGUAAAUUUGUCUCUUGAACAUUGUUUUAAUGGGACCAUAUAUAAUAAUGGAAGACCGGGGGACCUUUUCCAGAUGUAAACUGCAUGUUAAAGAUUGGAUUCAGGGGUGAUGAAGUUAAAUUUUAUGAAAAAAACUAUUCCUUAUUCUUUCCUGCCUAUUUGGCUUAGAUGUCUGCUAUCCAACUGGUAACUUAAUAUGUUCUUGAUUCAAAUGUGUGUAAUGUUGAAUUGUGUGAUUUAAGACUUGGGAUUAUUCAAAACACGUCACUUUCCAAUUUUGUACAAAUCUCCAUAGUCUAUUUUAGCUUGAAUUCAGAAAAAAUUCACACAGCCUUACAAAACAAAUGUGUAGAAAAUUCACUAAAAGUGCUUAAUGGAUUUAUGUUCACAAUUCUUAAACUCAAUCAGGCACAGUAUUUUACCUCAACCUCAACAAAAAGAUCAACUUGCAGAACCCUAAGUAGCCAAUAAUUUAGAGACUAGGGUCUUAAUGAUACAUAAUUCUCAGGGAAGUGAUCCUACUCUCUGAAGGUUUUAGGGUUGCAAGACAUGGUUCUCGUGCCUUGUCAGGUAAUGGCUUUUGUCUACCUCGGUGCUUCUUUCUGCAGCAGUUUCAAACUACCUCAAGUUUCAUCCCAGUUGGCUCACAUGUCACUGGGCAAACGGCUUGCACCGGGGGCUAAUUGUCAUUGUUUUGAUACUGGGAUUUUAAUGGAACCCAUGAAUCAGCUGCUGAAAAAGUGUAGAACAAAGUAGUAUUUGAAUACUGGUUGGUGUAAAACCUUACUAGUAGAACUAGGUUUAUCUCCUUUGGCCACAGGAAAUCCCAUUCUGCCUGCAGUGACUUAUUGACAGUAUCUGAAGUUCAAUUACAAUCUUUUACAGGAAAGAAAGGGCUUUUACAAUUGCAACAUUCCUCCUUAUUUGUAGCAAAAUGUUAUUUCCAUUUACUGCAUGAAGGACCUUUCUUCCUUUCGACUCAAUGGCAUCAAAAAGAAGAUCCUGGGAAAAUUUAAAUUUUCUAUCUAGUCCUGCUGAAUGUUGCCAAUUUAUUAAUAUAAGCACACCACUUGAACUUUCAGUGCAUCGAUAUAAUUUCAUCAAAUUGUGGUGUUUCACAUCUGUUGUUAUUGAGUUGAUAAAAUGGUAGCCACCAGUUUUCCUUUCUCUACACAUUGAAUGUGUAUACUUAAAAGUGUAGAAAUAGUUGGAGACAGAUCUUCAGAAUAAUUGCUGGGGAGAGGUGGCUGUGCCAUGCUUGGCAGAGAGAAGUCUCGGAUAAGGCAGAUUUGGGAACCAGUUGGACUACUGGCCAUAGAGGUUGUUCAUAAUCCACAAGUGUGCCUGCACAAAUGAAACUUGGUGAUUUAGGCACUUGGAAUUGGUGGGUUUUCUAAGCUUGCCAGUAGGUCCAAUUUAGUCUUGCAGGAUUUGGCCUUUUUUACUAGCCAGUGCAGUUGUCUCAAACCUGACUUGAAAUUCAGUAAUCCAUUUCACAUACCUAAAUAGUUUGAUGUUAAAAUGUAGACAAGAGUUGUUGACUAUUCAUUGACAAGAUGUGACCCCAGUUGAUAAUGGGAGCACCUGAUGUGCUGUUUGUUUAAAACAGAUUUUGUUUUUGUGGACUGAUUUUAUGAAGUGCUUAAGUUUUUUUUUAUAUUCUGAAACUGGGUUUCAAACCACUAGUUAAGCAGACUUUAUUCAAAAUUUAUUCUUGAGAAUUUAAGUGUCUGGUCCAAGAUCCAGAAAUCCUGGUUGAGAAAACGUAAUAUAUAGCUUAAAAGAAGUUUUCGCUGUUUUCUAAAAGCAGUGAAAUUAAGUUCUGGGCUCAUUAUUUUAGAGGCAGAGCUGCAGUAAAAUCAAAAGUUCUAUUGAUUUGUGUAAGAAGUGAUUUUGCUUAUUGCCUCUGUUCUAAUUUUAACUGUAGUCUGUGUUCUAGAUUAAGGGGAUAGCAUUAAAAUGUCUGGUGCAAGUGGUCAAAGGCCCUUUUCUCAAACUUAGACAAGUGCCUCAAAAUAACAGAGCCUGUAUCUGUAUUUAAAGAUGUCCAAGCAGUAUUGUUUAAGUUACUGUUGUGCAACAACCCAGCAUUUAAUGUUCAUUGGUGGUUACCACUGCUUAAAGGAGAGGGGAAAAUGGGGUCCUAGACUACCAAGAAGUUCAUUUUAAAAGAAAAUUCCUCUUGGGUUUGUCUUUACAGUAAGGUGACGGGUAUUUUUUUUUCCUCCGUUAUAUAAUUUACCUCUGAAUUGUAAGACCCAGCCUCUGCACCAAAGAAUGAGGUUUACUGACCUGGAACACUUCUUAUUCCUGUGUGUUUGAAAGCCUAAAUUGAUGUUUGUGCAAUUUUAUC